AUGUCUGCUUUUUCUGAGUUUGUACCGCCCCCCGAGUGUCCUGUUUUUGAGCCGAGUUGGGAGGAAUUUUCAGAUCCAUUGGGGUUUAUCAAUAAGAUCAGACCCAUUGCAGAGAAGACUGGCAUCUGUAAGAUACGCCCCCCAGAGGACUGGCAACCUCCUUUCGCUUGUGAUGUUCGCAACUUUCGAUUCACGCCGCGAGUUCAACGGCUGAAUGAGCUUGAGGCCCUCACUCGUGUGAAACUCAACUUUUUGGACCAAAUCGCCAAGUUUUGGGAAUUGCAAGGAUCCAAGAUCCGAUUUCCUCAUGUAGAGAGAAAAGUCUUGGAUUUGUAUCAACUUAGCAAGAUAGUAUCAUCUGAAGGAGGUUUUGGGACCAUUUGUAAAGAGAGGCUUUGGUCUAAAGUUGCCUGUCGGAUGGGUUUUCCGUCUGGGAAAGGCAUUGGGACUUUGCUGCGCUCCCAUUAUGAGAGGAUCCUUUAUCCAUAUGAGCUCUUUGAGUCUGGAGCCACUUUAACGGGAAUCCAACGUUUGUUCGAGGAGGGAGAUGAGGUGGAGGAUGUGGACGAAGGGGUCGGAGAGGACACCCUGGAGGAAGAAGAGCCAGAAGAGGACGAAGACAAGGACAAGGACAAAGACGGGAGUGAUGCAUCUCAAAACAAAGACCUGCCCCCAGCAGAGCGACGUUCAAGACGCUUGAAGUCUGAGCGGGAAAACAAAGAUCCAAGGGACAUAAAGCUGUUUGGUGCAAGUCCAAAGAUGGUUGGCUUGGAAAUCCUAUCCUCUGAUGACGGUUACAGCAAAAAGCAACGGCACUUAAAAGCCCAAGCAUUCGCCAUCAAAAUGAGGCCACGUAAAGAAACCCUUGAGGUCAACUUUAUUGACCUGUACCUCUGCCUUGUGUGCGGCCGAGGGGAUGAAGAAGACCGACUCCUGUUGUGCGAUGGAUGUGAUGAUAGUUACCACACAUUCUGCCUGAUUCCUCCUCUACAGGACGUUCCAAAGGGAGACUGGAGGUGCCCAAAAUGUGUGGCAGAGGAGUGCAGUAAACCCAGAGAGGCUUUUGGGUUUGAGCAGGCUGUGAGGGAGUACACACUGCAGAGCUUUGGAGAGAUGGCUGAUCAGUUCAAGUCUGAUUAUUUCAACAUGCCUGUCCAUAUGGUGCCCACAGAGCUGGUGGAGAAGGAGUUCUGGAGACUUGUCAGUAGCAUUGAGGAGGAUGUCAUUGUAGAGUAUGGAGCAGACAUAAGCUCUAAAGAUGUGGGCAGUGGCUUUCCUGUCAGGGAUGGCAAGAGAAGGCUGCUGGGAGAUGAAGAGGACUACGCCGUCUCCGGCUGGAACCUGAACAACAUGCCAGUCUUGGAGCAGUCGGUCUUGGCACACAUCAACGUGGACAUCUCUGGGAUGAAGGUUCCCUGGCUUUAUGUGGGCAUGUGCUUCUCCUCCUUCUGCUGGCACAUCGAGGACCACUGGAGCUAUUCCAUCAACUUUCUUCACUGGGGUGAGCCAAAGACCUGGUAUGGAGUCCCUUCCUCUGCCGCAGAGGAACUGGAGGCGGUGAUGAAGAAACUUGCCUCUGAGCUGUUCGACUCUCAGCCGGACCUUCUGCAUCAGCUGGUCACAAUCAUGAAUCCCAAUAUUCUCAUGGAGCAUGGCGUCCCUGUUUAUCGGACAAACCAGUGUGCAGGGGAGUUUGUGGUGACGUUUCCCAGAGCAUACCACAGUGGUUUCAACCAGGGAUACAACUUUGCUGAGGCUGUGAAUUUUUGUACUGCAGAUUGGCUGCCACUUGGUCGUCAGUGCGUGGCUCACUACAGGCGACUCCACCGCUACUGCGUGUUUUCUCAUGAGGAGCUCCUAUGCAAGAUGGCUGCUGAUCCCGAGAGCCUGGAUGUUGAACUGGCAGCUACUGUUUGCAAAGAGUUGGGAGAGAUGAUGAAGGAGGAGACACAGCUUCGACAGGCCAUUCAGGAAAUGGGGGUGUUGUCGUCAGAACAGGAGGUUUUUGAGCUGCUUCCUGAUGAUGAGCGUCAGUGCCAUAAGUGUAAAACCACCUGCUUCCUGUCUGCCCUUACCUGCUCCUGUAGCCCUGAUCGAUUGGUUUGUCUCCACCAUGCCGACCAGCUCUGCGCCUGCGCAAUGGGCAGUAAAUGCCUCAGAUAUCGUUACGACAUAGAGGAGUUUCCCAACAUGCUUUAUGGUGUGAAAAUGCGAGCUCAAUCCUAUGACACUUGGACCAAGAGAGUUUCUGAGGCUCUGGGGGCCGACCAGAAGAACAAAAAAGAUUUGAUCGAGCUCAAAGUUUUGCUGGAGGAUGCUGAGGACAGGAAAUAUCCAGAGAAUGCGCGGUUUCGGCGCUUGAGAGAAAUGGUCAAAGAGGCAGAGACCUGUUCUUCUGUGGCUCAGCUACUUCUUAGCCAAAAACAGAGGCAUAGCACUCGUUUGCGCUCAGAAAGUAGCAAAAACCGCACAAAACUGACUGUAGAUGAACUGAAAGCGUUUGUCGACCAGCUUUUCCGCCUGCCCUGUCUCAUCAGCCAGAUCAGACAAGUGAAGGAGUUAUUGGACAAUGUGGAGGACUUCCAUGAGCGGGCACAGGUGGCGCUGUCUGACGAAAUGCCUGACUCUUCAAAGCUGCAGUCUCUGUUGGACCUGGCGAGCGGUCUUGAUGUGGAGCUGCCGGAACUCCCCCGACUCAAACAAGAGCUCUUGCAGGCUCGCUGGCUCGACGAGGUGCGUGUGACCUUGGCUGAACCCUACAGAGUCACACUGGAGCUGAUGAAGCGGCUGAUAGACUCUGGUGUGGGGCUGGCCCCGCAUCACGCAGUGGAGAAGGCCAUGGCAGAACUCCAGGAAAUCCUUACGGUCUCAGAGCGCUGGGAGGACAAGGCGAAAGCAUGUCUACAAGCCAGACCGCGCCACAGCAUGGAGACUCUGGAGAGCAUUGUGCUUGAAGCCAGGAAUAUCCCUGCAUACUUGCCAAAUAUUUUAGCCCUACAGGAGGCCUUACAAAAAGCCAAGGAGUGGACCUUCAAAGUGGAGGCCAUUCAGAGUGGGAGUAGUUAUGCCUACCUUGAGCAGUUGGAGAGCCUUCUCGCCCGUGGCCGUUCUAUCCCAGUCCGUUUAGACCCUCUGGUCCAGGUUGAGUCACAGGUUUCUGCAGCCAGAGCAUGGAGAGAGAGGACCGCCCGCACUUUCCUCAAGAAAAACUCCACAUACACUUUACUCCAGGUCUUGAGUCCAAGAAUAGAUAUUGGGGUCUAUGGCAACAGUAAGAGUAGGCGAAAACGUGUUAAAGAGUUGAUGGAAAAAGAGCGAGGGGGCUUUGACCCAGAGGCCCUGAGUGACCUUGAGGAGAGCCUAGAGGAGGUCCGAGAUCCUUCCACUGUUGUUGCAGCUUUUAAAGCCAAAGAGAAACAAGAAGUGGAAUCCAUACAUUCUGUUCGUGCAGUGAAUUUAGCAAAAAUGGCCAUGGCGGAUCGCAUUGAAGAGGUGAAGUUCUGCCUGUGCAGAAAGACUGCCAGUGGCUUCAUGCUGCAGUGUGAGCUGUGCAAAGACUGGUUUCAUGGGGCUUGUGUCCCGCUGCCUAAAACCGGUUCCCAGAAGAAGAUGGGAGUGGGCUGGCAAAGCAACAGCAAAGACUCAAAAUUUCUGUGCCCAUUGUGUCAACGGUCACGGAGGCCAAGGCUUGAGACAAUAUUGUCACUGUUAGUUUUAUUACAAAAGUUACCUGUGCGACUGCCUGAGGGAGAGGCUCUGCAGUGUUUAACUGAGAGGGCCAUGGGCUGGCAGGACAGAGCACGGCAGGCUCUAGCCACAGAGGAGCUGUCUUCUGCUUUAGCAAAGCUGUCGGUACUGAGCCAGCGAAUGGUGGAGCAAGCAGCAAGGGAGAAAACAGAGAAGAUCAUCAACGCAGAGCUUCAGAAAGCAGCAGCUAACCCAGAUUUACAGGGUCACAUUCAGACCUUUCAGCAGUCGGGCUUCAGCAGAGCCACGUCCCCCCGACAGUCUGUGGAUUACGACGACGAGGAGACAGAUUCAGAUGAGGACAUCCGGGAGACUUAUGGAUAUCACAUGAAGGAUCCUGGGGAGGUGAAGCCUUACCUCUUUUGUGAUGAAGAGAUCCCAGUGAAAUCAGAGGAAGUGGUCAGUCACAUGUGGCCAACCACGACACCCUCCUUCUGUGCAGAGCAUGCUUACUCAUCCGCCUCAAAAUCUUGUGUACAACAUGUGAGCACUCCACGGAAGCAGCCGCGGAAGUCCCCGCUGGUGCCGCGCAGCCUGGAGCCCCCGGUGCUGGAGCUGUCCCCUCAGGCCAAAGCACAGCUGGAAGAGCUGAUGAUGCUGGGGGAUCUCCUGGAGGUGUCCUUAGACGAGACCCAACACAUCUGGAGGAUCCUUCAGGCCACGCACCCGCCCUCAGAAGACCGCUUUCUGCAAGUCAUGGAGCCUGAUGACUCCCUGAUGGAAAAGCCUCUUCGCAUCAAACUGAAAGAUUCUGAAAAGAAAAAAAAGAGAAAGUUGGAGCGAGCAGAGCACCACCACAUGCUGAUGGCUGCUGUGGCCGGCACCUCGGGGCUGGGCGACAUGCGUCCGCCAAAACCCAAGGACUUCAAACGGGUCGGCCUUGAGCUGGGGCUGGGAGGGAGGCCCAAGAAGAAGAAGCUCAAACUCAACCUGGACAAGAACCGAGAGAUGAAGCAACUGGCCAAACGGAUCGCCAAGGAAGAGAAGGAGAGAAAAAGAAAGGAGAAGGCCGCAGCUAAAGCCGAGGCCAUGAGGGAGGGCUUUGAGAAGAGGAAGGAUAAGAAGAUCCUGGACAUCCCAGCCAAGUACGACUGGUCCGGAGCAGAGGACUCCAACGAUGAGAACGCUGUGUGUGCCUCCAAGAACUGUCAACGGCCGUGUAAGGACAAGGUGGACUGGGUGCAGUGCGAUGGCGGCUGUGACGAGUGGUUCCACCAGGUCUGCGUGGGCGUGACGUGCGAAAUGGCAGAAAGCGAAGACUAUAUCUGCAUGGACUGCACGCGGAAAGCCUCGGGGGCGGAGCUGGGCCUCGAGGCGGGGCUGGCGGUGGAGGAGGUGUCCGGAGAGGAGAGCCUACUUCUCCUGUCCCAUGCGGUUUGUAGCAGCAUCCAGCCCUCCACCUCCUGGGCUGUUCCCAAACUGACCUCCAUGCCUUCACAGCAGGAACCUGAGCUGGGCAGUUAG